AUGCCCUCAACAAUGUCUGCGGAAAUGACUACAGUCAUAGAUCCGACGUUGCUUGUGUGCACCGAGUCAGGGAGCAACGGCUCUCUGAGUCCGAGCUCAGUUUCAUCAUCCGUGUCAUCACCGGCUUUGCCAUCAUCCUCCAAGCGACCGGCAGAAGCACUACCCUCUUCAUACAUGCCUGCAUGUAAGGGACGCAAGUCGACAGAAGAUGAGAAACUAGCUCGGCGCCUGGCUAGACAACAACGUAACCGCAAAUCUGCUCAAGUAUCUCGGGAGAAAAAGAAAGCUUACAUGGAUCAAAUCGAGUAUGAAUUAGCGACACUUCGCGCGGACAAGCAGGCCAGUAUGCAACGUGAGCAUGCUGCAUCCCUAAGGUGUGCUCAAUUGGAAUCCAAAGUGGAAGAACUAAGUAAGAGACUACGUCAAUUUGAGUCCAUCGUUGGAGAUUGGGUCAAGUCUCAUCCGGGUGCCACUGAUGUCAGUUCGUCUAUGGCAAGUAUGCGUGAUAUGAAGUUACAAAGCGUCGAUCAUGGGGUAAAUGGCGGUGGAACAAACGUGUCCGAAUCGGAUGUCGCUCGAGCAAAUGCAGCGCCGGCCGCUGCGCCGACAGAGGCAGGUCCUUCGAGUCCCAUUGCACACGAGACUACUGACAGCACUUGUCUUCCAGCAGCGGGUGCUACCGGAUCAGUCAGACUCGAGCGCGAAGGUGAUCAGGACCAAGUCACUUUGUCGGCCCAUGCAGCAGCCAACGGCAGCAGCGUUGCUUCCGGAUGCGCAUCUGAAAGGCGCGGCUUGUUCACGCCGCCAAACUCCUCGCUUGACGCCAUGCUACCGAGUAUCUCAGUCCUUGCCUCUGACGACGGCAAAAAUGACGACUCGAUGCACUUACCCACAACUCCAUCAUGGAACUUUGACGCCAUCUCCUGUACUCCGUCUUCGUCUCAAGAUUCCUCAGCACAAAAUGGAUUUGGUUCUUCGCAAGUAUGCGAGACCCCAAGUGACCGUUUGAGUAUGACCCCCGCACCUUCUGAUCUGAGCCUCCUUGUGUCUUCUUUUACUCCAUCCACGGAUGUAUUUGAUGUAAAUGAAGAUUUCUCGCAUACAUCUGUCACGAUUCCAUCUGAUGGGCUUGCUUUCUAUGAGCCUGUGUUGCCCUCUAUGUUGUCAUCCAAUGCGCAAGAGGCAAGUCCAUUCAGUCUCUCCCCUACAUUUAAUUAUUUGGAUGUGGACAUUCCGCUGGAAACUCUACCCUCGGAUGUUUCUGCUUCCUGGCCGCUCACCUCUACAUACGACUCUUUUGUACCUUGUAAGUAG